AUGGCGAGCGCUGGAGCCGGGUACCAUCUCCAGCUCUUCCCCAGGACCGCUGCCGCCUCUGCUUGCCCCGCCGCCUCGCUCGGCAGCAGCAGGAAGAAGGCCCAGCGCCGCACCACGCUGCUGUGCAGGGCUGCUGGUGGUGACUACUUCCGCAUCGACCGUCGGGACGUGCUCGCCGGCCUGACUGGCGUCGCCCUCGGCGUGUACCCCAACCUGGCUGUCGCCGCCGGUACCGAGCCGGACGACAGCAACAAGAACAGGGCAAAAUCACGCCGCGUGCUUUGGCCGGCGCACCGCGCCGACGAGCACCUCGACCUCGUGGAAAAGUACAAAAAGGCGCUGACGAAGAUGCGGGAGCUGCCGGCCGACGACCCGCGCAACUUCGCCAGACAGGCGGCGAUCCACGAGGCCUACUGCGACGGCCACUACCAUCUCCUCGGCGCCGCCGGUGCCGGAAACGAGCCGUUCGACGUGCACUUCUCGUGGUUGUUCGCGCCGUGGCACCGCAUGUACAUCUACUUCUACGAGCGCAUCCUCGGCAGCCUCAUCGACGACGACACCUUCGCGCUGCCCUACUGGAACUGGGACGCGCCGGCCGGCAUGGCGCUGCCGGCCAUGUUCGAGGACAGCACCUCGCCGCUGUACGACGCCAAGCGGAACCCGGAGCACGUCAACGCCUACGUCAAUUUCAUGCACCCGAAGGACGGUGUCCUCAUCCCGUUUGACCCGCCGAAAGAUAUUCAGGCAGGGCAGGGCAGCACAACGACCUGGUCAAGGAAAACCUCGCCCACAUCUAUUGUCAGGUGGAUGAAGAUGCGGGACGGGAAGAACGCGCUAGGGGCGAGCGACUUCCUGGGCGGCAAUUUCUCCCCCGCGGUGGAUAGGAAUUCAGGCACAUCCGGCAAGCUGGAGUCGGCGGCGCACACCGGCAUCCACAUCUGGCUGGGCAACCCGAGCAUGUGCAAGGACAAGGACAAUGGGAAGGUUUGUGAGUUGGACAUGGGCUUCCUGGGCACGGCGUCGCGCGACCCGGUGUUCUACUCGCACCACGCCAACGCGGACCGCCUCUGGCACAUCUGGUCCACCAGGCUCGAAGGCCGCAACUUCGAGGAUCAGGAGUGGCUCAACACCAGCUUCACCUUCUACGACAAGGACAAGAGUCUCGUCCGCGUCACCGUCCGCGACUUCCUCGACCCGGCGAAGCUCGGCUACCGGUACGAGGACGACGAGGAGAAGAAGCAGCCGUGGGAGGACAGCGCGCCGGAUUUGAGCUCCGACAGCAAGACCAAGGCCACCAGCACGGGCGCCGGCACUAUAAAUAACUAUUUCAUAUCUGGAUCUUUCCCAAAAAUGAAAUACAACUUGUCCCCGCUGAGGCUAACGCAAGGCCAGAACGUGGAGCUGCCGUCCGUUGCGCGGCCCAAGCCCACCACGCCCAAGCAGCAGCAGGUGCUGGUGUUCGACGCCGUCGAAUUCAGCCCCAGGGAGGAGGCCAAGUUCGACGUGGUCAUCAACGUCGCGCCGGAGCAAGCCGGCAACUUGGACCCCCGCUACAAAGAGUACGCCGGGAGCUUCGCCAGCCUGCCGCGCGGCGGCGGCAAGAACACGCUGGUUGUGCCGGUCGAGCUGCCGCUGGACGACGUGCUCAACGACAUUGGCGCGGCCAACGACGGCGCCGUGAACGUCGUCAUCGUGCCCCGUACCCAGGGCAUCACUAUCGUGACCAAGCCCAGGAUCGAGUCCAAGGCCGCGUACUGA